CUUGAGCCACGUGGUUCAUUACCACAACUACCAUGGAAGGCUAUCAUGUAUCACUCAUCAACCAACACAGGAGCCGCAGAAACCGGUGACGUCACCGGCGGUAAUGUCGGCGGCAACGCCAAUGUCAGUAUUCCACAAUUACCCAUCAUCUUCAUCAACCCUUCCAACCAAACCCUUCAAUUCACAAUCCCCAUUGACAAGACGAGCGGUAGUAUUCAACACCAAAGAAUCGAAAUGGUUGUUUCCUCCAAGUCCUACCCAAUUUUUCGUCUCCAAAGGAAAGGGUCUCAAAUUGGAGACUCUUUCCGUUGUUUUCCGCGGAGCGACUCACCGGAAGUCCUCCACAACCACCAGCCCCUCCGCCGCAAAGCAGCCUCCUGCUCCUCCUCCGCAAGGAGAUGGUGACGUAAUGCGGCUCCUGCAGGUUGCACUCUGGGCAGCUGAAGCAAUCUAUAUCUUCUGGCUCUUUUUACUUCCAUAUGCCCCGGGUGAUCCAGUAUGGGCCAUCAGUUCAGACACAGUCAAUUCUCUCGUGGGUCUUUCUCUCAAUUUCUUCUUUAUUCUGCCACUAUUGAACUCUGUCGGCAUUCGUCUGAUUGAUGCUCCAACUCUUCACCCGAUGUCUGAAGGAUUGUUUAACUUUGUUAUCGGGUGGACAUUCAUGUUUGCUCCUCUGCUAUUCACGGAUUGUAAGAGGGACAGAUACAAAGGAUCAUUGGACAUUUUAUGGGGCUUUCAAAUGUUCCUCACAAACACAUUCUUGAUACCUUACAUGGCCAUAAGGCUGAAUGAGGCUGAUGCCCAGUAUACUCCAAGAAAGCCCUCUCAACUGAGUUCUGUGAUGACUAACGGCGCACCCAUCGUUGGACUGAUUGGCGGUGCUGUGUGUCUGAUAUCUACAUUGUGGGCGCUGUUUGGCCGAGCAGAUGCUAAUUUUGGAAGUGUAAUGGACAGAUGGGAGUUCUUGGUAAGUUAUCUAGGAUCUGAGAGGCUGGCCUAUGCCUUCAUUUGGGAUAUUUGCUUUUACAUAAUCUUUCAGCCUUGGUUGAUAGGUGAUAACCUACAAAAUGUUCAGAAAAGUAAGGUUGAUCUGGUGAAGUAUCUUAGAUUUGUUCCGGUAGUUGGUUUAGUUGCCUACCUUCUUUGUUUUAAUUUUGAUGAGAGUAAUAGCUAAAUAUAUUAUUGACUCCAUCGGUCUAUCGACAAGUAACAAUGAUAUUCUAGGUUUUUGAAUCAAUUCUAGUGGGUGCUAUAAAAAUGUUGUUGUUUUCCAUUUUUAUUUUUUAAAUGGGUGUUAUACAAAUGAAAAUUUUAAGUUUAGCAGCCCUUAAUUUUGUGUUUA